GGCGGCGGCAGCUUGCACCGGAUCUGGGCCCUGCGCGGUGCGCACCCGAGGGGGUUCGGGCGGGGAAGCGGCGCCGGCCCGGACCCCCCGCAGGAGCAGGCGGCGGACGUGAGGGCGAGGCAGCAGCGGCGGCUUACGGAGAGCAGCGGCCACCGAUUUCCAGACUACUGAAAAGAAGGUACAUUCAGGUCUGGAGAUGUGAAUGAGACUGCCAUGCCAGGGCUCAUAAACCAUCUUGAGAAAAUGACUGCGGUAUUGGAGGAUCAUUACUACUGGAAAGCUGGUUAACAUCCAUUCCCUAAGAGAAACUUGAUCACCGUUUGCUCUGGCAUGGCGCAAAGCAACCCACAGCUUGAUAUUCAGGUUCUCCAUGAUCUCCGACAACGUUUCCCUGAGAUUCCAGAGGGUGUGGUGUCCCAAUGCAUGUUACAGAAUAACAAUAAUCUUGAAGCCUGUUGCCGAGCCCUUUCCCAGGAGAGUAGCAAAUACUUAUAUAUGGAAUACCAUAGUCCAGAUGACAACAGGAUGAGUAGAAAUCGCCUUUUGCAUAUUAACUUGGGUAUCCAUUCUCCUAGUAGCUACCACCAUGGAGAUGGAGCUCAACUUAAUGGUGGUCGAACACUGGUGCAUAGCUCAAGUGAUGGACAUAUUGAUCCACAACAUACAGCAGGUAAACAGCUGAUAUGUUUAGUUCAGGAACCACACUCAGCUCCUGCCGUUGUGGCUGCUACUCCCAACUACAAUCCAUUUUUUAUGAAUGAGCAGAAUAGAAGUGCAGCUACUACUCCUUCACAGCCAUCUCAACAGCCAUCUUCCAUGCAAACAGGAAUGAAUCCAUCUGCUAUACAAGGGCCUUCACCACCGCCGCCACCACCGCCUUCAUACAUGCACAUACCUCGGCAUAGCACAAACCCAAUUACUGUUACAGUAUCCCAAAACCUCCCUUCUGGACAGACUGUACCAAGAGCUUUACAAAUUCUUCCACAAAUUCCAAGCAAUCUCUAUGGGUCUCCUGGUUCUAUUUAUAUUAGACAGACAUCUCAGAGUUCAUCGGGAAGACAGACUCCUCAGAGCACGCCAUGGCAGCCCUCACCACAGGGCCCAGUUCCUCAUUAUAGUCAACGUCCUUUACCUGUUUAUCCACAUCAACAGAACUAUCAACCUUCUCAGUAUUCUCCCAAACAACAACAAAUCCCUCAAUCUGCUUAUCAUUCGCCGCCUCCUUCUCAGUGUCCUUCACCCUUCAGCUCGCCACAGCAUCAAGUGCAACCUUCCCAGUUGGGCCACCCAAGUUCCCACGUCUUUAUGCCACCUAGUCCUUCAACUACUCCACCCCAUCCAUAUCAGCAAGGACCGCUUAGCUAUCAGAAACAGGGAAGCCAUUCAGUAGCCUAUCUCCCAUACACUGCAUCUGGCUUACCCAAAGGUUCCAUGAAGAAGAUAGAAAUUACAGUUGAACCCUCUCAGAGACCUGGGACGGCAAUUAAUAGGAGUCCUUCACCCAUCAGUAAUCAACCAUCUCCACGGAAUCAGCACUCACUGUACACCGCCACCACACCACCUUCAAGUUCUCCUUCAAGAGGGAUAUCUAGUCAACCAAAACCUCCAUUUAGUGUUAAUCCUGUGUAUAUUACAUAUACCCAGCCAACAGGACCUUCGUGCGUUCCAUCACCAUCUCCUCGGGUAGUACCAAACCCAACUACAGUUUUUAAAAUUACUGUAGGCCGAGCAACGACUGAAAAUCUUUUAAAUUUAGUGGACCAAGAAGAGCGCUCUGCAGCACCAGAACCUAUUCAGCCCAUUUCAGUGAUACCAGGUUCUGGGGGAGAAAAGGGAAGCCAUAAAUAUCAGAGAAGUUCUAGUUCUGGAUCAGAUGACUACGCCUAUACACAAGCCUUGCUGUUACAUCAGCGAGCAAGGAUGGAGAGGUUAGCAAAGCAAUUGAAACUUGAGAAGGAGGAGCUAGAACGGUUGAAGGCUGAAGUUAACAGUAUGGAGCAUGACCUGAUGCAGAGACGGCUCAGAAGAGUCAGCUGCACCACUGCAAUCCCAACGCCUGAGGAAAUGACAAGAUUGAGAAGCAUGAACAGACAACUCCAGAUAAAUGUUGACUGUACACUGAAAGAAGUUGACCUCCUUCAAUCUAGAGGAAACUUUGAUCCAAAAGCCAUGAAUAAUUUUUAUGACAACAUAGAACCUGGCCCAGUUGUACCACCCAAACCAUCUAAAAAAGAUUCCUCAGACCCCUGCACUAUUGAGAGAAAAGCCCGAAGAAUUAGUGUGACUUCUAAAGUACAGGCAGACGUCCAUGACACCCAGGCAGUAGCUGCAGAUGAGCAUUUAACUGGCUCCAAACAGAGUCCUCGGGCGCAACCACGAGAUGAAGACUACGAAGGGGCUCCAUGGAAUUGUGAUAGCUGCACCUUUCUGAACCACCCAGCACUAAAUCGCUGUGAGCAGUGCGAAAUGCCACGGUACACUUGAAUUCAGAAGAGUCUGCACCAGGUUGAGAAUGAAAUUUCAAGCACCCAUCAUGAGAAAAGGAAACCUCGGGAAUUUACUCAUCUGCCCGGCCUUUUCAUUUCACAUCACACAAGGGGAGGAAGAUUGACACUGUAUCCACUUGUGCUUACUCACAGAAAAAUGGGGAUUUUUUUUUUUUCCUUUCUUAACUCAUUGCAGAAUGAGAUAGAAAAGGGAUACUUGAAACCAAAACCGGGAUAGGAGUCACUCCUGAAAGAAUGUAUACAGAGAAGUCAAGAACUCUUCUGUGGAAUCCUUAUUGUUAAAGUUACUGCUGAGUGGCCCUUAUUUUUUAAACUAGAACUUUGAAUCAUGGUGUGAAAUGUUACAGUUUAUGCAGACAAACUGUGAAUUACCAGAGCAGACUUACCUGGUCACAGCUCUCUGGAAAACAAAGGCUUCCCUGUGCUUCUUCCCUUUGCCUCCUGCCAAAGAGAAGGACAGGUAAAGCACCCAGAUUUUUUUUUUUUUUUUUUUGCAAAAUAGUAAGGAUAUUUGUAAUUGCUGCUUUUUUCAGGGGUAAUUUCACACACAAAUACAUAUACAAAAAUAAGAUGUUUUAAAAUGUGACUUGGUAGCAGUCAGGAAUUAGGCAUAUCAUGCCUUUUGUUCUAAAGUACAAUCAGAGGCGGUAAGAUCCCUUUUGCUUGUACAAUGAUUCAUCAAGCUGUAUCAACACUGGUACCUAAGACCUAAUUAUGUUGCAUAAUAGAUAUAUAUUUUUAAGUUCCUGCAUGCUUUUAUUCGGCCAUUGGUUUUAAAACUUAACAAGUCCCUAUAAAGUAUGAUUUUAUAAAUGAUAUUCUUGUAAAACUGCGCUUUGCUAAUAGCACAGUGAAUGUAUGCCAAAUGUAAACCCAUUCCAAAAUCCAUUCGGAAAUCUUGAGCUCAACUGUGGUUCUAUAAGAAAUGUUUGCAGUCCAUAGGGCUUUUAUUUUUCCUCCUUCCAAUUUUGUGAAGAAUUCAUGAUGUUUACAGCACAGAUAAUACUUUGUGCCAUAAUUCUAAUUUAGUUGAAAAGUAAUCAAUAUUAGCUGUUCAAUAAAGAUUUAUUUGCACAUAUGUUAAUAAAUGAACAUGAGGGAAAUAUCAGUUGGCCAAUAUCUUUAAGUUGCACACUACAACAUUCGGGGAGGAAGAGAAGGCUGCUUGAGAAAUGUUAUUAAGAGGAAGAUAAAUACAAAGGACUUUGAAACAAAGAACUGUUUAACAUACUGUAAUCGAAGAUCAUAUUGAGUUCAUUCAGGCAAUAUUAAAGCACUCCUUAUUAAUGAAACCAGAACUUUAGGGUGUGGAUAACUGAAAAGAUCUAAAAUCAUGUGACUCACUAGGGUCCAUCACUAGAAAAUGAAUUAUAGCACAUUUAAUUAAGGUCUCUACCACUCUUCCUAGCUCAGAAUUGGAUUUUGGAAUUUCCCCCCAUUUUGGUGACUAUAAACAGCAAUAAAGUUGGUAGGUUUUCCAAUCCUAAAGGAUUUUACCUGAGGUUAUAAGGUUAUAAACCUAGAAAUAUCCACUCUACCAUACCAUGUGCUCCCACCCCACACACUUCUCUGCCUCUCUCCCUUCCUUCCUCCAUUUCUCUUUUUCUCUUGCUCUCUCUUGCUCUCUCUCUCUCUUUGUAUUCUAGUUUAGCAGUAAUCUCUGGCAGACCUGGAAAAUAAGCUGCACUUAAUAGCAUAAUGAAACCAAAGGCAAAAAUCAUAAUUUCACACUCCACCUACAGCUUUGAAAACACUUUCGUCUGUGGAAAAUUCCCUCAAAUAUAUCCUCUCGUCUCACAAAUAAACGUGACUAUGUAAUUACACUGGUAAAACAUCUCUCAUACAACAACUGUGGCAAAACUGUGAAAAUAAUGGUGAGAAAGAAUAUGGGCUUUAGAAGCAUUGACCUGAAGACAGUGUUCUUUAAAGGCUUUUGCAACACUGGUAUCUUGUCAGACCUGUAUCUUCAAUAACAGUUCAGUCCUAUUCUGUAAUAUGCCAAUGCCUUUGCCUUUGUAUGGUUUCAUAUCUCUUUAGUGAUGGUCAACCCAACUUGGUUUUACAUAACAAUUUAAGGAAAAUAUAUACAUAUAUAUACACACACACACACACACACACACACACACACACACACACACACUCCUUGGUGUUCUAGCUAAAAGUUUACCCAGUAUUCUUAGUGAUGUGCUGAAAUGACAGCAAUUAAUUUGGCAAUUGUCAGUUGAGAAUGAAAGUAGCAUGUAUGAAAACAGUUCGAUGCUUUAUUAAAACCAUGUAGAUGACUUUAAAACUAUUGCAUGAAAAUACACCAAGGUUAAUAAAGGUGUUAUCAUACAGUAGAUGCAUGGGUUCAGUCCUUUGGUGAUAUAUCUAGCCGAUCAUUGCUUUCAUCUGCCAGGAAAAAUGAGGAAACAGUCUAUUUGAUAGGUGUGGAGGGUGAGGUAUGAGACAUCAGAGAUUGAUUUUUAAGGAAAUUUUGCAUGUGUUAAUUUAUGACUGUGCACAAGUUUCAAAUGCCAACAUAGGCUGUAUUCAUUUGUUAAAAUGAGCAAAAUUAUUUAACACUGAUCAAUUUGAUAUAUUUAACUGUGCCCCUUAUAUAGACUGCUUCUUGCCUAUAAUCAGUUUGAACAAGAAUUCACCCAACUUUCAAGGUACCUUUUCAAAAGGAUCUCCUAGUCAUAUUAGUAUGUACAGACAAUUGGCAUGUAAAUGGUAGGGCAUAAAGUGGAUGAUGAAUGCCUGGCUGCUGAGGUGCCUGUGCCCUUUUAAUCAGGUGGAGCACUUGUUUCUAUUAAGACUUUUAAAAUACAACUAGUUUGAUUCAUUUGUAACCUAUAGACCUGACUAUUCAUUUUACAUUAUUUCACUGUUUUGCAAACUGGGUUUUUAGAAAGCACAUUUGCCAUUCUGUUAAGUACGUUGCCCCUUAAAUUAUGGAGUACUCUUAAAUGUUUAAAGUGGUAAUAGAGGAACCAGAAACUUUCUAAGCGUUGUAAAAUGUUUUGAAUUGAUAUUGACCUUGUAUGGGAGAGAAUAGAGGCGGGGGGGUGUUUUAAAGAAACAAAAGAAAUGCCUUGUAAAAAUGUAGUUUUAGAGCAGAUUAUUGAUGCUGGGGAAAGUGUUGCUAAUUUGUUUAUUUCCCUGAAUGAAAUGGGAAGUGUGAUGAGCAUUUUAAUAAUUUUUAAGGAGCUGGUCUCAAUUUUAGUACUUUUUAAUUAUUGAAAGAAAUCAAUGUUUCCUUAAAUUUUGUCAUUGCUUUGUCACAGUUACCUAGGGUUCAUAUCGGCUUUCUGUGGCAAUUCAAUUAUGUAGUAUUUUUAAAGGUAAUUAUAAUGUCUUUUCAACAAUAUAAAUGAAAAGCAAGAAUAUUAAGACAGAAAAAUUGACCUUUAAAAAUAUCAGUGAUGUAUCCUGGAAUGUGAAAAUGUCCCUUUAUAGUUAAAAAUUGAAUUAUUUUAAUAUUGUACCAUUGUUCACACCUGGAAUGUGUCCACAUUGCAAUGUGUCUGUAUAUCUGUAGAGGAAGAAAAUGACAAUUGAAAUGUUACUUUAAAAAGUCAGAAUAAAUUGGGCACUGUCUGUUGCACCACUACUGUAUCUUUUUGAAAGAAUUAACAGUAUUUUCUUAUUGUAAAAGUUAAUUCUGAUGACGUUUUCACAUUCACCAGACAUGCAUUUUUUUCUGUAUUACUUGCAUCCCCAAAUAUUUAAUACAAGUAGAUUUUGCAUGGCUUGGGCAUUCAGAGAUUAAUAGAAUGAUGCCCCCAUUUUAAUUUCUAAAGCCAUGAAAAGUUGCUGUGAGACUGAACAAUUCUGAAUUGUUAUUUAUAACGAUACCUAAUGUCCAUGUUUCCCUACUGUAAGGAAUUGAUCAGUUUCUUCUUUAAAACAAGAACUUAUUAAAUCUUGUAAAUACCAAGUCUCUUUUAGAUUUCUGUGUAUGCUGUGAUUGAAAUUAUUUUGAGAUGAAAUUGUACAAAGGCAUUUUAAAAGGCUAUGCAUGCAUCGUACCACCAAACAGUACAUAUUCAGAGAGUCAAAGAUUCCUGCAAAAUAAAUUAAUAAACUAAAAGCAAACACUA